AUGGAGAUGCAGGAUGCGUUCCAAGUCCAUAGAAUACCGCAAUCGAAGUACGUAGAUGGAGUGAGAUGGCUUCCACAAGCUUCUGCUCUGAAUCGUUUCUUCGCAGCAGCUUUCUACGACCCGGACUCUGACUCUUCGUCAAUCGAGAUCCAGUCGCUCGACCCGAAUCCAAGAGGGAACCCAACCAAUAACCCGUUAGUCGAGUCGUUAUCCUCAUGGACUUCACCUUCUCGCGUCUCGUCGCUGGAAGUCGCCGGAAGCGGCGGUGGAGGCGGUUCCUUCAAACCUGUGGUCUCGGUAGGUACGUCUUCCGGUUCUCUCCACGUUCUGAUGGCUGAUCUGGUGGAAGGAGCUGCGAUUGAGGAGGUUUACGCGGCGGAGGGAGAGAGGUUCCAUGUUGGACGCGUGGAAGGUGUGGAUUGGAGGGAGGCAGGAGAGUGUGUGACCGUUGGGGAAGAUGGGAGAGUGAAUGUAGUGACGAUUGUGAAUGGUGAAGGUUUGAGACACAGGAGGGUCUUUGAUGGGAACGGGCUGGUGGCUUAUAGAGCUGUGAAAUGGGCGUCUCCGACUGAGUUUGUCACCGGAGGAUAUGGUUUUGGUUUGCAAUUGUGGGAUCAGAGGAAGCCUGGUGAGGCUGUCUCGCAGCUCAAAGGAAACUGGUUUCAAGGCAAAACGUCUGCAAUUGUCCACUCUAUUGACAUUCAUCCAUCUCGAAAGCACACUUGCAUUGCUGGAGGUUCUUCAGGUACUGUUUUCGCUUGGGAUCUUCGGUGGCCAAAGCAGCCAAUCGUUCUUUCUGGUGUUGGAGUAAGUGAGAGCAUAAACAACCCUCUGUCUGAGAGUGAGGUGUGGGAGGUUCAGUAUGACUCGUACACAACAUCCAACAUCUCGUCCUCAAGGAUUCUCCCUGUUAUGACCUGCUCUGAAGAUGGAAUCCUUGGUGUCAUCGAGCAAGGAGAAGAACCGAUUGAGCUUCUUGCUGAACCUUGUGCCAUUAACAGUUUUGACAUCGACAGACAAAAUCCACAGGAUGUGAUAUGUAGCUUAGAGUGGGAAUCAAUUGCAGUCUUCUCAAGGCCUUAG